CGUUGAAGUCCUUCUCCUUCUUCGCCUCGUCUUGCCGUGGGCCGCGGAGGGAUCGGUUCUCUUUCCCCAUGAUCUGCGUCCUCCCGCCGGAAUCUUGACUAAAAGUUCUCCUAUUGGGAAAAUAAAUUAUACACCAUGAAAGCGCUCAUUCUUGUUGGAGGAUUUGGCACCCGCCUUCGGCCUCUGACGCUUAGUUUCCCAAAGCCACUUGUUGAUUUUGCUAACAAACCAAUGAUCCUUCAUCAGAUUGAAGCGCUGAAGGAUGUUGGAGUUACAGAAGUCAUUUUGGCCAUCAAUUAUCGACCAGAGGUCAUGAUUAGCUUCUUGAAAGACUUUGAGGAUAAGCUUGGAAUUAAAAUCACUUGCUCGCAAGAGACUGAACCGCUUGGAACAGCUGGCCCCUUGGCGUUAGCCAGAGACAAGCUAAUUGAUGGUUCUGGUGAACCUUUCUUUGUCCUCAACAGUGAUGUCAUAAGUGAAUACCCCUUUGCUAACCUAAUUCAGUUCCACAAAUCGCAUGGCGGGGAGGCAACAGUGAUGGUGACCAAGGUUGACGAACCAUCCAAAUAUGGUGUUGUUGUGAUGGAUGAAGAAAAUGGGAGGGUCGAUAGAUUUGUGGAGAAGCCCAAAAUAUUUGUUGGAAACAAGAUCAAUGCUGGGAUUUACUUGUUGAAUCCAUCAGUCUUGGACCGUAUUGAUCUGAGACCAACCUCAAUUGAGAAGGAAGUUUUCCCAAAAAUAGCAGCUGAGAAACAGCUCUAUGCCAUGGUCCUGCCCGGUUACUGGAUGGACAUCGGCCAGCCAAAGGACUACAUCACAGGCCUACGGCUCUAUCUGGACUCGCUGCGGAAAAAAACAUCAACAAAAUUAGCGGCUGGCUCUCAUAUCAUAGGGAAUGUCCUGAUCCAUGAGAAUGCUGUGAUAGGCGACGGAUGCCUCAUCGGGCCAGAUGUUGCCAUUGGUCCUGGAUGCGUGAUCGAGUCUGGAGUUAGGCUAUCAAGGUGCACUGUGAUGCGAGGUGUUCGAAUUAGGAAGCACGCAUGCAUCUCCGGCAGCAUCAUUGGUUGGCAUUCGACAGUGGGGCAGUGGGCACGGAUAGAAAACAUGACCAUUCUUGGCGAGGACGUGCAUGUUUCCGAUGAGGUGUAUAGCAAUGGAGGGGUUGUUCUCCCACAUAAAGAAAUCAAAUCAAGCAUCCUGAAGCCCGAGAUAGUCAUGUGAGAGGUGAAACGCACUUGUUGGUGUUAUGCCAGCUAUCCCGUUCCUAUGUGUCUUUGUCAUUGCAAUCACUAGUCUUGUUCUUUCAUUUUCCUGAGUACUACUGUGGUUCUUUUCACAAGCGAUAGAUUGUAGACAUAAGUUGUACAAUACAAUGUUGAGCGCUGAAGCUCCAGAGUUUUUUUUUUCUUUUUGCAGAUUUGUUGCUCCUGUUUAUUUUCCUUGCCUCUGCGCUCUGUCUAAUGUAAUAAAGCAUUAAAUAAAAGGUUAUUUCUUGUCAAA